AAAAACAAAAACCACCUCGCUGCAGCAAGCUGGCUGGGAAGCUCCCAGUUCUAAAGAGAGGCUGUUUACCAGAAGAGCAUAACAAGGGCAGGUCUGACUGCAAGGCUGGGAACGGGAGGCAGAGCCGCCGCCAAGGGGACCCCGGUUGGACCCUGGUUGGUCAGUCACCUGCAGGACGAAGGAGGUGAGGAUGCUGUUGGCCUGGCUGCAAACAAUCCUCGUCGUCAGCAACAUGCUCCUGGCAAAAGCCUAUGGAUCUGGAGGCUGCUUCUGGGACAACGGCCACCUGUACCGGGCUGACCAGCCGUCUCCCGCACCGGGCCUCCUCUGUCUCAACUGGCUGGACGCGCAGAGCGGCCCGGUAUCUGCCCCCGAGUCGGGCGCCGGCAACCAUAGCUACUGCCGGAACCCGGACCAGGACCCACGUGGGCCCUGGUGCUACGUCAGCGGCGAGGCCGGGUCUCCCGAGAAGCGGCCUUGCAAGGACCUGCGCUGCCCAGAGACCACUUUCCAGGGCCUGCCAACCUCUACAACAGAAACCGAGGAGGUGUCUGAAGUGCCAGGAGGAGAUGAGGUGCAGGUGUUUGCUCCUGCCAACACCCUGCCUGCCCAGAGCGAGGCCGCUGCCGUGCAGCCAGUGAUUGGGAUCAGCCAGCGGGUGCGGGUGAACUCCAAGGAGAAAAAGGACCUGGGAACCCUGGGCUACGUGCUGGGCGUUACCAUGAUGGUGAUCAUCAUUGGCAUUGGAGCUGGCAUCGUCCUCGGUUACACCUACAAGAGGGGCAAGGACCUGAAAGAGCAGCAUGAGCGGAAGGUGUGUGAGAGGGAGAUGCAACGAAUCACCCUGCCCUUGUCUGCCUUCACCAACCCCAACUGUGAGAUCGUGGAUGAGAAGACCAUUGUGGUCCACGCCAGCCAGACUCCAGUUGACCUUCAGGAGGGCAGUGCCCCCCUCAUGGGCCAGGCGGGCACUCCAGGCGCCUGAGCCCCCCAUGAUGGGCAGGAGCCCAUGCAGACAGUGGUGCAGGACCGCCUACCCACCUACAGCUGGGAGGAUCUACACUUUUUGUUGUGGCUAAAAACCCCCACUUAUUUUUUUGGUUUGUUUUUGGUGAAUCCUAAGACAAGCAGGUGGUACUGUGGGCUGAGGGUGAGGCUGGGUGGGGUCCUACCAAUGCUGUUUCUCCAUCCCAUGGAGCAGGAUUUUGCCCGUGGAUGGAGGCAGCGGCAGUCCCCACAGCAGUGCUGCCAACAGGGCCUUCCAGUGCCCCGGAACUGAACCAGGGAUGGACAAGGAGCUCCCCCAGCUCCUCUGUGCUUUAUUGUCCAAGAUGGCCUCAGCCUCUGCCUCCCCAUGUGUUCUCCUUGGGCUUGAGUGGUGCACACUGUUAUUCACAGUUCAGGUCAUGUAGGUUGAGAGGCAGUAUUUAAAAAAGAUAUUUAGUUUUUUAAAUAUUUGGGAUGCAAUUCCCUGCAGACCUCUGAGAAAUGGAAAUAAGUCUGUACGAAAGUCAGAACUGUGGGUUGAGAACGGGAUCUAGGCGGGGGGGCUGCUGGCAGUGAUGUGCCUUGACAACCGUGGGCUGGGCCCAGGGACUCUUCCUGUUUUGAAAGUAAAGGAAGGGAAGAAGCGCACUGAACAUUCCACUUAGGAAGAGGGUAAAGAAGUAUCUGCAGCUGCCUCAGGCCACAGGACCCAAGUGGACCUGGGGUGUCCCAGACGGUCUCUCUUCGGGGUAGAUAGUGACCUUUCAUUCUUCAGGGGUGAGACAGCAGCCAGCUAACCUACGGGAAUGACACUGUGGGUGAGGCCUUGUGAACUGCUUCUGAGAGGUUAACCUGGAAACCCCCUCGGAGGCAGGGUGAUGGAGGGGGCUUCAGGACUUGGCACCUGCCUCGGCCCAAAUCUGCGGGUGGCUCUGUAGCCUCCAGGCCAGCUCCUUCCUGUGGGGUCAAUAGGGCAAGGGCCACGACCCCUAACUUGUAAAAUAAUCAUAGAACCAUUGAGGGACCUUAGGGUGCCCAAAGCCUUUUGGACAGAGGGGCCAGAAGUGGAAACUGACAUUCAGGGUCACAGAAGAAGCUACCAGCACGGCCAGCCCUGAGGCCCUGAUAUCACGCUCGGAGGCCUUAGCACUGCUUUCCGUCCACAGAGCUUCCUUCCCAAAGCCCUGCCACUGCCUCACAUGGAGAGGGGUUAGUGGGGCCCAGUCUCUCCGGCAGGCUGUUCCUGGAAGUGAUUUGCUGAGGGGACCUAGGCCUCAGGGGGUCCCUUGUUGGUAGAGAUGCAGAAGAGAACAUUACUGGUUUCUACUUUUCUAUAAAAGCAUUUCUCUGUGUACAUGUUUUAUAUACCUCAUUCUGACACCUGCCUAUAAAGUGCAGGAAAUUGCUCUGCAUUCGACUUAUAUAAAUUAAAAAAAAAGGACGACUCCAUAUUGCCAAGUUUUUGUGGGGUAUCAGGACCCUCCUCCCAAAAGUUGGGAAGUUUUUGGUUACCUUGUCAACACCUGCAUGGCAAGCUCUGGCUCUCUGUCCUUCACUCGGGCCCUGCACCUAGGAGGCAGCAGCAGCUGGAUGGUUGGGAACUGCAGCCUCCGUGUUUGGGCGUUGCAAUCAGGAGCUUUUCAGGUCGAAGUUGCAGGGAAGAUGGUAUGUGGCAUCCCAAAGGAGGCUGGUCACUGCAAAUCCUCUUCCCGUCAGCAUUCUUUCCGAGGUGGAGAUAGUUAAAACGAACAUCCAGGCAGCCCCUGGCAGGGGCUGGAGACGUGGUGGUGGGUGGUGGUGCUGUAGCAGCCGAAGGAGGGAUAGGUGUGCAGAUGGGGGAAGAGUCUCCAGGCUCCCAGGAGCAGCUCUGGGCUGUGGAAGGUCCCUGCGGGGGUAGCUCCUAGGGCUCCAGAAGAAGCUACCAAUGGGAGUUCGUUGGGUUUUUUAGCAGGGACUUAGCAGUAGGUUCUCAGCCUCUAGGAACACUUAGGGUGACCUCUACCCAUACUCAGACACUGCUCUAUACUUCUAGAAGCAAGGGGCACCCUAGAGCAUCAGUUUUUCCAGGAAGCAGAUCCUGCCCUUCAGUUGGACUCCAGCUUUUGGAGAAAUCACUUUUGGGUAUGUGGAUGCCUAGUGUGCCCGGGAUCCUACAAAGCCAGAUCGCAACAUCUUGCCCAGCCGUCACCCUCCACGACAGACCCCAUGUGCAGAAGCAAGAAACAGGUCUCCCCCUGAAUACUUGCAGGGAAACACCAGGGGUGGGGGUGACUUGCAUGCAUUUCUUCCUUUAAUGAAGGUGGCACCCAGCCCUGCAGAGGACUCCAGGAUAGCCUGGCUAUGGGAGCGCACGCAUGUCAGAGGGCGGCAGCGUAUGGCCCUGAAGGGAUGACUCAGGCAGGAGGUGGGAGUCAGACCUGCUACAAGGCCGGGGCUGCCUUAGGUGGGUCGUGCAUGUUCUCUGGAGCAGGCUGGUGUCUGUGUAAGGAGGGGAAUCAGAGGUGGGGGGCACGAGAAGUCCCUGCCGAGGGGUCAAAGUGGCCAGCACACCCUCCACGUGCAUCUCCCUGAACCAGGCUGCAAGUCACUCUCUCACUCUCAGCAUGGUCGGUUAUGUUAACUGCUUAAUUUAUUUGGUCUGCUCAAUGGCCCCGCUUGGGCCCACUCCCCCACACUUGUGGGGACCACUGAGGCACCACCAGCCACACAAUGCUGGCCUUCCCGCUGCCGGGAGCCCAGGGCUCAACCCUACAGCAAACCUGCACACUCCACACUUAAGUAUGGUCUAGACAGCAAGGAAACUCUGGCCAGAGGUGACAUCUAGUCCCACAACUCAUCAGGUCUAUGUACAGCGUUUCACAUAACACCCCACAGAUAUAACAAGAUAGUCUGAACAGCAACCGUUCUCCUGCAUCACUCCCACCCACCUCCCCCCCCCCCAAUAUAACCACCAUUGCAGUAAGAUCCCAAACCCACUCCUAAUCUGUUAAAUAUGGUGCAAGGUCCCACUUAUGGGGAGGCAAAUCUACUUGUAUUCAAGACCCCCACCCCAGCUCUGGAAGCCAGGGUAGAGGGUGUCCCCUGGGCUUUUCAGCACCCACAGCUGUGAGCUGUGGCUCAGGAGACUGGGGCCAGGAGCUCAUGAGCUGGGCCAGCCAACAUGGGAGGUAGAAGCCAGAAAGCCCGGCUCGGGGAGAUGUCCCCCGCAGCACCUCCGCUCUGGGACUCUGCCACCACAUCUUGCCACCCAAGCUGCUGCCUGGAUCAGGCACAGUGAGGGGUGAGCAUCGGCUGCCACGAGGACAAGGCUGGGAGACUGCUGAGAUUCCCAGCACCCCGCCCCAUACACUGGGCCUGCGACCAGCCACACUGUCCUCCAGAACCCACCUAGCAAAAUCCCAGGCUCCUGAGGUGCCUACCAGGGUGUGAGUGACAGCAGCCAGGAUACUAGAGCUUUCUAGCAGGCAGGGCCUCUUUCCUUCCAGCCCCAGCCUCUUCCUGCACUUGCGGCUGACUGCUUGUGGGAGGCAGAAAGGAAGUUCCCAGCCAGUCUCCAGCCGCUCAGUUUGAGAACACGGGGGGAAGCUCCCCCUCGAGCUGAUGUGGCCCCUGGGCCCGGGAGAUGAACAGAAACCAGCCCUUCCCCUGACUCCUGGCCGGACACACUACAAACCGACUAAGGGACCCUUCAAAACCUACUCCCUUGACCCUGCCCAGGGGAGGGCAGGAUGUGGCGUGGAAGAGGGUAGCACCACUGUCACUUCACAUCCUUGGAUGGCCGCUCACUCCGCCACGCUCUCAUGAGAAGUCCUUCUGCACCAGCUGGAUCAGAGGCUUCAGAGCCCACAGGCAGGUGCACCUGGGAUCCUGCCCAGCAGGUCCAGGUCACAAUGAUUAGUGUAAGCAAGAGCCUCCCGGAAUCCACUGCCAGGGAGUUCCCGAGUGGUCAUGAGUAACAGAUUCCUCCUGGCACGGGGACCAGGCUUUUUUUUUGUUUGUUAGUUUGUUUUCUUCUUCACAGCUUUCAGGCGAGUGUUGGAUUUACAGACAGUAACCAGGCGGAGGUGGCUUCCCUGGUGCUGCACCCGCUCGCCUCCUGGGGAGGUAGUAGGGAUGGCUGGUUCUGCUUCUAAACAAGCUGCCAAUCCACAGGAAGCGCGGAAGGCCCUGCCCACAGCAGGGAUGGGGCGCAGAGGGGGCAGUGCUGGCUGUGGAACGCCCCCCCGCAGGGGGCUGGGCCGGGGCUAGGGGGGCGAGUCCCGGGUCAGGCCAUAUUGCACGGUCACUGUGUGGUCCAGCUCCUCCAGCUCUGCAGGCAGUGGGAUGCCCAGGUCCCCAAGGUACAGGGAGAGGGCCUCAAAGGAGUCCUCCAAUUUGGAGAAUGCUGGUCUAGAAAGAAAAGGAGUUGGAGACAGGUGAGAUACGGGGGUGGUGGCGGGGGGAGAGAAAGGGUGGCACAGAAGGCACCCAGGCCUGCGGCUCCACUGCUUCCUGGGUGUCUGACCUUGGGCAAGCCCCUUAACCUUGGUGUACCUCUGUGGGAAACAGGGGUCAUGUAACUGUGUAGGAUGUUGCUGUAAAGAUGAGAGAUAAUAACACUGGGAGAAGGCUGGUCUGGCAGCUCAAAAAAAGCAAGUCCAGGAGAAAAAAAGCCCAUCCCACGUCUUGGAGAAAAUGCAACCAUCACAGGUGGGACUGGACUAAGUACCCUUUUAAAGAUCCUUUCCAGUUCUCAGACUGUUUCCACAUCAAUGGAUCUGCCCCGGGAGGGGCAUUUCAUAGACUCUGGUAGCCCUUCCCAAGGAGUAAAGCAAACGCCUGGCUCCUAGUUAGUGCCCUGGAGACAGCUCAGCUGCCCUGGAACCCGACACCUCAGGCUUACUCUCCCGCCUCCUCCUUGAUUCUGCUUAGAUAUCUUGUCACCUUCUUGGCAAGGCCUACUCUGUAUAACUUGCACCCUAAACAAUCCUUUCCUCGGCUUGACCCCUUUUUCCAUAGCAUCUGUCACUUCCUCAUAUGCAACACAGUUUGUCAUAUCUAUUGUUUAUCACUUCCCCUUGUUAGAAUGUGAGUCCCCGGAGGGCAGGCCCCUUGGUUUUGUUCACUGCAGCAUCCCAGAGCUUACGAACGCAGCGUCUGGCACUCAGUAAUAUUGUCUGAAUUAAACAGACAUUUACAAUGACUGAGAAGGGAUAUUAGCAAACGAAUAUUGUGUGGCUUAACAUUUUCUCCUCAUGCUCUUGUUCUGGUGUGACUGAAGGAUUUUGGUCCUUUGGUCCAUGAAGGAACAAGAUUCAGAGCCUCCCACCAGCAAAUCCCAAGUCUAAAGUGGAUCUUCGGAAAUCAUUUAAAAAUAAAGGUUGGGGGCCUCCCUGGUGGCACAGCAGUUGAGAGUCCGCCUGCCGAUGCAGGGGACAUGGGUUCGAGCCCUGAUCUGGGAAGAUCCCACAUGCCACAGAGCAACUGGGCCCGUAAGCCACAACUACUGAGCCUGCGCGUCUGGAGCCUGUGCUCCACAACAAGAGAGGCCACGACAGUGAGAGGCCCGUGCACUGCGAUGAAGAGUGGCCCCCGCUUGCCACAACUAGAGAAAGCCCUUGCACAGAAACGAAGACCCAACACAGUCAAAAAUAAAAAUAAAUAAAUUAAAAGAAGGCUCAACAUUAAAAAAAAAUAAAAAUAAAAAAACAAAAUCAAUGUAACUAUUUA